GGAAGAGCUCAAGUAAACACGUUCGCGUCGAGUUGAAGCGAUAUUUCACAUUUUGCACUACAUUAAAAUGAUUCGCAACGGUUUGCUCUUUACCGUUAUUAUCUCCUGUACACAGAUUUAGAGCUGAGAAGUCAUUUUACGCAAAUAUAUUUGACUUUUGCUGGAGCUGAACGUCAUAGGUUAACUCCUUUAAAACCUCGUGUAAUGGUAUGCCAUGUCUCAGUAAACUGGGCCACAUGGUAAAUGUUAACAUUGUAAUAAGCGGAUAUUUUUCAGUGUGUGUGAAUUGUAAAGUAACAACUCAUUUACAGUACUAUGAGAGAGUAAUGUAUCGUGCUUUGCAUGCUAUAGCUUCAUUCACAAUCCCUGUAACAGCUAGAUCUUAAACAUGUGCUUGUUUUAUGUCUGUGUAUGGGUCUGUAACAAAGUGCUUAACUUUAAAUGAGAUGUCUAAAUUAAUUUUUUUUUUAAAACGUCAGAUUUGUUUCCCAUAGUCAGCAUAUAUAACAGAAUGGACGUCAUAAGGACGUGUUUGAGAGAUUUCCCUAAAGAAGCCCGUGAACUUUAUUUAAAUGAGUCAGUGCCAUACCUGGAUGGGCCACUGUCCCCACUUGAGUUCUAUCGUGACUGGAUUGGGCCCAAUAAGCCCUGCAUUAUUCGCAAUGGCUUCAGUGACUGGCCAGCUUUGUCUAAAUGGAACCCUGCCUAUCUGAGAGAAGUAGUUGGCUCCAAGCAAACCAGUGUGGCCGUCACACCAAACGGCUAUGCAGAUGCUGUGAAUGGAGAUCGCUUUGUGAUGCCUGAAGAGCGUCAGAUGACAUUUUCCUCACUGCUGGACAUUAUAGAGGGCAAGGUAAAAAGCAAUGGUGUGUUUUACGUACAGAAACAGUGCUCCAAUCUGACCGAGGAACUGCCAGAGCUCGUAGGAGAUGUACAGGCUCACAUUCCCUGGAUGAGUGAAGCAUUGGGAAAAAUGCCUGAUGCUGUAAAUUUCUGGUUAGGGGAUAAAAAAGCAAUAACAUCAAUGCACAAGGACCACUAUGAGAACCUGUACUGUGUCAUCUCUGGAGAGAAGACAUUUAUUUUGCUCCCCCCCACUGAUAGACCCUUUAUACCAUAUGAGCUGUAUCAGCCAGCUACAUACAAACAGAAAGAGGAUGGCAGCUUUGAAAUAGUGGAUGAAGAGGAUUCAGAAAAAGUGCCUUGGAUUCCUCUGGACCCUCUGAAUCCUGAUGUUGAGCGCUUUCCUUCCUACAGACUUGCCCGGCCAGUUUACUGCACAAUCAAAAAAGGAGAGAUGCUUUACCUACCGUCUCUCUGGUUCCACCAUGUCCGCCAAUCUCAUGGGUGUAUAGCAGUGAAUUUCUGGUAUGACAUGGAUUAUGAUAUUAAGUACAACUACUUUCAACUGGUGGAAUCUCUGUCUGGAGCUGUGGGCACACUGUAAUGCUUCAACCAAAGAAACAAAUCUGUAGAUCUCAACAUUCAGCUCUAAGCAGCAGCUGGGAGUACUGUUCCAGCAGUGCCAGUGUUCGUUCCUCUCCCACCACCCCUGCACCGCUGCCCAGAACACACACAGAAUUGGAGGCUGUCUGGUAACACGGCAGAGUGUUUAAUUCAGCUUGCAUUGCUGAGAACGUCUCUGCCAGAACUUGAGCCAUUUGCUGCUGAUCCUCGCUGGAGUCUGAGGAAGUGUUUAGCUGCCAACACAUACGCAAUGUCAGUUUUACUUCAAGCUGUUUUUUAACAAUAGACCAGUUAAAGGUGCAAAAAGAUGAAGAAAUAAACUUCCAUUUCAA